GCGCAAAUUACGUUACAUGCGCUUCAGUCACCUGAAGCUGUUAAAUAUUGGUUAUCUAGUCUCCUCGUCAACAUUACCUUUCGUACGAAAGAUGGCCACAAAAAUUGGUUUAAUCCAAAUGCAGUCGACGUCAAAUAAGUUACAGAAUUUUGAGCAAGCCGCUAAAUAUAUUAGUGAGGCUAAAACAUCUGGUGUCAAGCAAUUCAGAUGGUUUUCUUGCCCGAGUGUUUUGACUUCGUUGGAAGCUCCGUUAACGAGACGCUUAGUUUAGCAGAGGUGUUGGACGGACCAUUGAUAACGAAUUACCGCUCUUUAGCUACUCGAGAGGGUCUUUGGAUUAGCUUAGGUGGUGCGCACAUCAAGACUGGUGAAAAUGACGAUCAUCUCCAUAAUGCUCAUAUAAUCAUCAAUUCAGAUGGUCAGAUAGUAGGAGAAUACCAUAAAGUCCACUUGUUCGAUGCCAAUUUAAACGCCGAUAUUGUUUCCUCAACUAUGAAAACGUCAUCGUCUACUCAAUCAUUAUUUUCUGAGUCGAAAUCGAUACGUGCUGGUAAAAAUACUCCAGUUGUCGUUGAAAAUACACCUGUCGGAAAUCUGGGAUUGGCAAUUUGUUAUGAUAUGAGAUUCCCUGAAUUAGCAGGACAUCUUCGUUAUGCUAAAAAUGCACAUGUAAUAACCUAUCCAUCUGCCUAUACAAUGUGUGCAGGUGAAGCAGGUCAUUGGCAUACAUUACUUCGAGCUAGAGCUAUUGAAAAUCAAUGUUAUGUGGUUGCUGCAGCUCAGGAAGGAAGCCACAAUGAUAAACGAUCCUCUUAUGGUCAUAGUUUAGUUAUUGAUCCAUGGGGUCAAAUAAUCGCUGAACAACAUAAUCCUGGUCCAGGUCUAUUAAUCUGUGAGAUAGGUCCUUUCACAAUGCCAGAUAAUGAUUCAACAAUGUCUAGUAUGCCUAAAAUAUAUCGUGUACGAAAAUCAAUACCAGUAGAGUAUCACCGACGACUUGAUUUAUUCCCAAUGUCCGAUAGUGGAUGUCCUCGUCCUAUUAAAACGUCAGAUUUCACUUUUGGUCCACAUAUAAUCAAGUCUGAUUGUGUUUUUUAUCAGUCGGCGUUGAGUUUCGCUUUUGUGAAUAUUAGUCCAUUGGUACCGGGACAUAUACUUGUCUCACCGAUAGCUUGUAUUCAACGAUUUUGUGAUUUGACUACUGGACAAGUUGCUGAUCUCUACAUAACUGUACGACAAAUUGCUAAACGCUUAGCUGAGCAUUUUUCAGCGACUAGUUUAACAAUAUCGAUACAGGAUGGAAAAGAUGCGGGUCAAAGUGUACCGCAUGUUCAUGUUCAUGUGUUGCCUAGGAAACCAAAUGAUUUUCCGGAAAAUGAUGAUAUUUAUAAAGCAUUACAAAAACAUGAUAAAGUGAAGAAUCGUGUCUAUCGUUCACAUGAAGUAAUGAGUCAAGAGGCUAAAGAAUUACGUCAACUCUACUAUCCUUGUGAAAGGGUAGAAUAGAUUAUCAUUUUUACCAUCAUAACCUUACUAUGUACUACUUUAUAUAUGCUAACUGCCUACCUAUCUAUCUAAGUCAGUCAUUAUUAUUAUUGUUCUUCUUUUUCGUUUUUAUUCUCUACUAGUUUAUCGAUUGAUUUUUAUAGUAUUUCAUGUUAGUUGGUUGGUUGCGUAAUUAUCUUCUGUUUUGUUGUUGUUGUUAUCGUUGUGGUUACUACUUUUAUUUUGUUCACUCUAUUAUUAUGAUGUGGAAAUGCCUUGUACUUCCCUCAUCUACCAACCCCACCCCCUAGUCCUGCUUCUUCUUCUCUCCUCUCCUCUUUCUACCAUUUGUUUUCUCAACAGAUUUCAGUUUCUUUAAUUUACGUUAGAUUACUUCUUAUUCACGCUGAAGUGUAGAAGCAGUUCAUUGAAACAAGUGAUAAUAUUAAACACCGGUCAUCUUUACCUCGAUUAAUUUUUUUCUAUUAUCACUAUUUGUAAG